GCUGCGGGGGAGGCUGUGCAUUGCUUUGCCAGUUCCAGCAACGGGAAAUUACGCGAUAGACUAGCUGCUUCGAAAGAAAGGUGCACAAAUAGCGUGCAAGUCCAUUCACUGUUUCGUUGCGUCCUUCAUCGGGAUCAUAUUUGCGUGCCCAGUGAUCAUUUUGGCUGCCUAGCCACUUGUUUUUGUUUUGUUGCAUGUAGCUCACCUCUUCAAUUGACCAAAGAAAAGCAGAAGUUGCAAACUUGCUUGUUGGCUGCUGUUGCUGCGACCUGGACUUGCUGUUCUGCAGAUAUGUCGCAGAAAGAGAGACCGACUUUCUACCGGCAGGAGCUGAACAAGACGAUAUGGGAGGUCCCGGAGCGAUACCAGAGUUUGUCCCCAGUUGGGUCUGGUGCUUAUGGAUCCGUAUGCUCGGCUUACGACGUGAAGACGGGCUUGAAGGUGGCGGUGAAGAAGCUGUCGCGGCCGUUCCAGUCAAUCAUCCAUGCCAAGCGGACGUACCGGGAGCUGCGGCUGCUCAAGCACAUGAAGCACGAGAAUGUGAUCGGUCUACUGGAUGUCUUCUCACCUGCGACAAGCCUGGAGGAGUUCAAUGACGUGUACCUGGUAACACACCUGAUGGGUGCCGACCUCAACAACAUCGUCAAGUGCCAGAAGCUGACGGACGAUCAUGUGCAGUUCCUCAUCUAUCAGAUACUGAGGGGGUUAAAGUACAUCCACUCCGCAGAUAUCAUCCACAGAGACCUGAAGCCCAGCAACUUGGCUGUGAAUGAAGACUGUGAGCUGAAGAUCCUGGACUUCGGGCUGGCCCGACACACAGACGACGAGAUGACUGGUUACGUGGCGACCCGAUGGUACCGCGCCCCAGAGAUCAUGCUGAACUGGAUGCACUACAACAUGACAGUGGACAUCUGGUCUGUGGGCUGCAUCAUGGCUGAGCUACUCACAGGACGGACGCUGUUCCCCGGGACCGAUCAUAUUGAUCAGUUGAAGCUAAUAAUGCUGCUCGUCGGAACUCCAGGGCCAGAACUCUUGAUGAAAAUAUCUUCAGAGUCUGCGAGAAACUACAUCAACUCACUGCCACAGAUGCCCAAGAGGAACUUUGCUGAUGUCUUUAUUGGAGCAAAUCCAUUGGCCGUUGACCUGCUGGAGAAGAUGCUGGUUCUGGACACGGACAAGCGGAUCACAGCGGCAGAGGCGCUGGCCCACACCUACUUCGCCCAGUAUCAUGACCCUGAUGACGAGCCCGAGGCCGAUCCGUACGACCAGAGCUUCGAGAGCCGUGAGCUGGAGAUCGAGGAGUGGAAACGGCUUACCUAUGAGGAGGUGGUCAGCUUUGAGCCGCCGGUCUUUGAUGAAGACGAGAUGGAGUCGUGAGAGGCUGAGGACACCCUACCACCCCAAAACCACCAUAUUUACCCAUCACAUUAAAAGGACUUUCAUCUUGCUGGACCCUUUGGAAAAAAUCAUUCAAGUGCCUGCCAUCAUUUAGCACUGGGUUCUUCUGGUUUAAGGGGCAAAGGCAACUCUCUUAAACCUACUUACCCCUCCCACCCCACUUGCAGCAUGGCAUUGUGGGUAAAAUUUAUUUGCUUGGUGUCAAAACUGGAUUUAAAAAAUCACUUGGUCUAUAUUAGUUUAUACUGUUUUUAUCCAGAUUCUUAAAUUUGUACUUAAAUGUUCAAAUGGGAAUUGCAAGAAAAUAGCCAAGGAAAUAGAUCAACAAACACAUCUUCUUUGGUACAGUGAUUUUUAAAAUGUCUACCUUUGGCUGUUUUUUCAUGCUUUUUAAUCUUUCAAACAAUCAGCAGACUUGAGAAGAUUAUUUUCUGUUUUGCAUAUCUGUAUGUUGAGAGAACUUUAACUCAGAAAAGUGAUUCAGCCACUUUAAAGUCUAGAAGCAGAACCUAUGAAGGUUCAUAAUGUACUGUGUACAUCCACACUGUCAUUAUGAGGCCCCACUACUGCCACAGUCCUCUGCUAGUGGCAUAAUGCAACUGACUCUCUGAGAAUGACCGGCAGACACUACAUCCCAUCUGCCUCACUGCUGUCAUAAAAAAUGUUUCCAGCUUUUCCUGUAACAUGAAUGUAUCCUUUCUGGCCAAAAGAGUAGUUUAUCUGAAGCAAGCUUCAAAAGACCUUGCUUGGUUUAUUCUACAGCCCCUGCUUUAGUUACAGGUUCCGAGGGUUGUGUGGGUGUAUAUAAGUGUGAGAGGUAUGAUCAUUCAUCAGUAAUUUCUUAAAACGGACGUACCAAACUAUGACAGUUCCCUGUCCGGCUGGAUGCAAGACAUGCAAUUAAACAGUUUGUAACUGUCCACUGAAUUCCCGAAUUCAAGAACCACUAAUAAUCCCCAGCUUCUUUGAGGAAGAUUACACAGGGAGAUGGAAUGGGGUGGGCUUUUAUUACUGGAUGUUUGUCCUUUACAUUAAGCACAAAGCGUUGGAAGAAAAAUAAAUUAUACCUAUGGCAGAGGACAGAGGAAAAGCAGCUUGCUCCUGCUCUCCUAUUCAGCCCCUUCCUGUCGUACAUUCAGAUCAAGGGAGACGUGGAAAAGCUAUGCACAGAGACCUCUAUCUAGCCAGCUUCCCUUAGCCAGGCACUACGGCUGAAAUGUUGUGGUCUUUGAUCAUGAGAUCGUCAUUCCCAGAAAACCCUCUCUGCUUCAUAAUACAAUACAUGCCUAAGAAUGUGAUUUGAAGCCCAUAAAGCACGGAGAAGUGAUUUAAUUGCAGUGAAAUGGAUGCAGGUUGCCAUAGCGAUGUGUUGCGUACUCGUGUAAAUGCACCUCUGCUUUGCUUAGACAAGAUUUAAUGCCCCCGUAGGUAGAGGAGCGGGGAUGGAACCACAGAUGAUGAGAAUGUCACCUGAAUCUGAGCCGCUGUCCUUUAAACCUAAAGAGCCAUCCAGAUGAUUCUCCUUCAUCCUCACUGAGGCGCUCAAACCAGCAAAAAACCCUUAGAACAUGUUUUAUAAUUAUAAAUAAUAACGACUUCAGGAUGUAUAUAAAUAUCAGUUAUAGCUUUUUUAUCGUUUUAUCUCAUGACUGUUUUCAUGAUAUAGUAUUACUUGAUUCCAUAAAGCAAUAUCUGUAUCAAGCAUGUCUUUCAGUGUGUAUGUGAGUGUGUGUAUGUGUGUAUGCAUGUAGGUAUGUGUGUAUGUAUGCGUGUUUAAAGGAGUUUUAAGGGUAAUGUUGAAACCAUGUAUUGUAAUAUCAUAAGAAACAUGAGAAAGAUUGAAUUAGAUUAAGAUAUUUAUAACCUGGUGAGGCAGACAUUGUCUAUAGUGUAGAUUUUCUUUCUGAGCAGAGAAUACUCUUCCAUUAUGCAGACGAAAAGAUGGUCAUCAUUUUACGUAAACUAUUCAUCAUAUGGAACUGUGAAAACAGAAUAACAAGUACAUACCACUGUUUAAAAAAAAAA